GCCUUCUAGCUCGCUGGGCAGACACGGAUCCGGACGCUGGGCUUUAUCCUCGGGUCCUGCUUGAAUGUGCCGGACCCCCACAGUCCCACCCGAGUCCCACCCACCACCGCUCUGACUGCAACACACAGCAACACCAGCAGUGCUCGUUAUGUGUUCUGUUGUUUGUCACAGACUCUACUUCACUCUGCCCUGUAGUUUUUAUUUUAUUUUCUCAACAGAGGGGGGAGUUGGUGUUGCCCGUGAACGGAUUGUUUUCGGAGUGAUUCUGGAUCGUUGUGUAGGUUUCUCCCUUCUCUGGGCUGUCGCUACUCCAGGAACCAAAGCUCCGGUCUCCACCGAUGUAAUUAAUCUUAAAUUGACUGUCUAAACGUCGGAACAGGAGACUCUGGAGUGGAUUUUCCCUCCUGUUUCUACCCGCUCUGACAGUGUUUACCACCACUGCAGUUGAUAACUUAGAGUCCUGCUGGGAAAUGGACAAACCCCCUCUGAAGUGAAGACGCUGCUCGCUUCAUCCACACACAAACACAAACUACAGGACGUGAUUUGGACGUGGAUCCCGUGUAGGAGUGACGAAUCAGAGGAACAUGUUUACUCCUCUCUUUCCGUUGUAACCCAAAGGAGCAUGCACAUCAGGGCCAGGAUUUGACCUGUUUCCUCUGUGUCCUCCAACUAUCUCCUGCAAGAACAACUCCACCCACAAGUCCUCUGAACUCAUUGUGUUAAACAAAGAAAACAAAAAAAAAAUCUCAGAGGAAAGUUGUAGCAUCAGCAAAAAGGGACCAAAAUGGCAAACAACACGGCGGAUCACCCUCCGGGGAAUUCGGUGAACGAAGGCAACCAUGAUGGUGAUUUCGGGGUGUCCAUGGAGGAUCUCAAGAAUUUGAUGGAGCUGCGAAGUGCUGAGGCUGUCAACAAGAUUCAGGACAUGUAUGGAGACGUGCAGAGCAUCUGUCGCCGCCUGAAAACGUCACCAAUAGAAGGUCUGUCUGGAAACCCUGUAGAUCUGGAGAAACGUCACGCAACAUUUGGGAAAAACUUUAUUCCACCGAAGAAAGCUAAAACAUUCCUGCAGCUGGUGUGGGAGGCACUGCAAGACGUCACACUCAUAAUUCUGGAAAUUGCUGCUAUCAUUUCCCUGGGUCUGUCGUUCUACCAUCCACCAGGAGGCGAGAGUGAAGUGUGUGGUCAGGUUGCUAGUGGUGUGGAGGACGAGGGUGAGGCCCAGGCCGGCUGGAUCGAGGGGGCUGCUAUCCUAUUCUCAGUCAUAAUCGUAGUCUUAGUCACGGCAUUCAACGAUUGGUCAAAGGAGAAACAAUUCCGCGGGUUGCAGAGUCGCAUCGAGCAGGAACAGAAGUUCACCGUCAUCCGUAAAGGCCAAGUCAUCCAGAUCCCUGUAGCUGAGAUUGUGGUUGGAGACAUAGCCCAGAUCAAAUACGGAGAUCUGCUGCCUGCAGAUGGGAUUUUAAUCCAGGGAAAUGACCUGAAGAUUGACGAAAGCUCUCUAACUGGAGAAUCUGACCAUGUCCGCAAGUCUCUGGAGAAGGACCCUAUGCUUCUGUCUGGAACCCACGUGAUGGAGGGAUCAGGCAGGAUGGUGGUGUCAGCCGUCGGCCUCAACUCUCAAACCGGCAUCAUCUUCACUCUCCUGGGUGCGAGUGAGAACGAUGAAGAGAAGAAGGUUAAGAAAACCAAGACCCAGGAUGGCAUCGCCCUGGAGAUUCAGCCCCUGAAGAGUGAGGAGGCGGCCGAGUCUGAAGAAAAGGAGGAGAAAGAAGAGGCCAAACCAGUGAAGAAGGUCAACGUGACUAAGAAGGAGAAGUCAGUGCUGCAGGGCAAACUGACCAGACUGGCUGUACAAAUUGGGAAGGCUGGUCUGAUCAUGUCAGCUGUGACCGUCAUCAUCCUUAUUCUCUUCUUUGUGAUUGACACCUUUGGGAUCCAGGGUCGCUCCUGGAUAGCUGAAUGCACUCCCAUCUACAUCCAAUACUUUGUCAAGUUCUUCAUUAUUGGCGUUACCGUUCUGGUGGUUGCUGUUCCUGAGGGGCUGCCACUCGCCGUCACUAUCUCUCUGGCCUACUCCGUCAAGAAAAUGAUGAAGGACAACAAUCUGGUGCGUCACCUGGAUGCCUGCGAAACCAUGGGCAACGCUACAGCCAUCUGCUCCGACAAGACUGGCACACUGACCAUGAACCGGAUGACGGUGGUACAGGCAUACGUUGGUGACACACACCACAAAACUGUUCCUGAACCUGAAGCCAUCAAACCAGAGACACUUGAAGUGUUGGUCAACAGCAUCUCCAUCAACUCUGCAUACACCACCAAGAUCCUGCCUCCAGAGAAGGAAGGUGGCCUGCCCCGCCACGUAGGCAACAAGACUGAAUGUUCUCUUCUCGGCCUGGUGCUGGAAUUAAAGAGGGAUUAUCAACCAAUCAGAGACGAGGUGCCAGAAGAGAAACUUUACAAGGUUUACACCUUCAACUCCUCUCGCAAGUCCAUGAGCACAGUGCUUAAGAAUGCAGAUGGAGGCUUCCGUAUGUACAGCAAAGGAGCAUCGGAAAUCGUCUUGAGGAAGUGCUCUCGUAUCUUGGACGCCGAAGGCAAGCCUCGUGUUUUCAAGCCCAAGGACCGUGAUGAGAUGGUGCGCAAGGUAAUCGAGCCAAUGGCAUGUGAUGGGCUAAGGACCAUCUGUGUGGCCUACAGGGACUUCCCUGCUGAGGCUGGAGAACCAGACUGGGACAGCGAGAAUGAUAUUCUGAACGAGCUCACCUGUAUCACUGUGGUGGGCAUCGAGGACCCCGUCAGACCCGAGGUACCAGAGGCCAUUUCUAAGUGCCAGCGCGCUGGCAUCACUGUACGUAUGGUUACUGGAGAUAACAUCAACACCGCCAGAGCAAUUGCAACCAAGUGUGGCAUCCUGCUGCCAGGAGAGGACUUCUUGUGUCUGGAGGGCAAGGAGUUUAACCAGCAGAUUAGAAACGACAAGGGAGAGGUGGAACAGGAGCGUCUGGACAAAGUUUGGCCCAAACUGCGCGUUCUGGCUCGUUCUUCACCAACUGACAAACACACUCUCGUCAAAGGCAUCAUUGACAGCACGGUGGCUGAGACCCGACAGGUGGUGGCAGUGACAGGAGAUGGCACCAACGAUGGCCCCGCCCUCAAAAAGGCUGAUGUUGGCUUUGCCAUGGGAAUCGCUGGCACAGACGUGGCGAAAGAGGCUUCUGACAUCAUCCUGACCGACGACAACUUCACCAGCAUCGUCAAAGCCGUCAUGUGGGGGAGGAACGUCUACGACAGCAUCUCCAAGUUCCUGCAGUUCCAGCUGACCGUCAACGUGGUGGCUGUGAUCGUGGCAUUUACCGGCGCGUGCAUCACACAAGAUUCUCCUCUGAAGGCCGUCCAGAUGCUGUGGGUGAACCUCAUCAUGGACACUCUGGCAUCUCUGGCUCUGGCCACUGAACCCCCCACUGACUCUCUGCUGCUGCGUAAACCUUACGGCCGUGACAAGCCCCUCAUAUCCAGGACCAUGAUGAAGAACAUUCUGGGUCACGCCGUGUACCAGCUGGUCAUUAUCUUCACUCUGCUCUUCGCCGGUGAAAAAUUCUUCGACAUUGACAGCGGCCGUAACACUCCCCUCCACUCACCUCCCUCUGAACACUACACCAUUGUGUUUAAUGUGUUUGUCAUGAUGCAACUCUUCAACGAAAUCAACGCCAGGAAGAUCCAUGGUGAGAGGAACGUGUUUGAGGGCAUUUACAGGAACCCCAUCUUCUGCAGCGUUGUACUGGGAACCUUUGCUCUGCAGAUCAUCAUUGUUCAGUUUGGAGGGAAGCCGUUCUCCUGCACAGCUCUGACCAUCGACCAGUGGCUGUGGUGUGUGUUCAUCGGCGUGGGAGAACUGCUCUGGGGCCAGCUGGUCACAUCCAUCCCAACCCAUCGCCUGAAGUUCCUGAAAGAGGCCGGUCAUGGCAUCACAAAGGAGGAGAUCCACGAGGAGGAGCUGACAGAAGGCGCUGAUGAGAUCGAUCACGCUGAAAUGGAGCUGAGAAGAGGCCAGAUCCUCUGGUUCAGAGGUCUGAACCGCAUCCAGACACAGAUUAAGGUGGUGAACGCAUUCCGUAGCUCGUUGUACGCGGGGCUGGAGAGCCCAGAGUCCCGCAGCUCCAUCCACAGCUUCAUGGCCCAUCCUGAGUUUGUCCCCCUGUCCGAGGAGGAGGAGGCUCGCAUCCCAUCCAUCGAGGAGAGCGGUGAUGAGAUCGACACCCUCCCCGGCGCCUCGUCUGGCGAGCCUUCCACCUGAGCUCCACCUCCUCCUCCUCCUCCCUUCUCUUCAUCCACUCCAUGUGUCAUCCCACCAACUGAACUGUCACACAGAGGAGGGAAGUCAUCAUCAUCAUCGUCAUCAUCAUCAUCAUCACACACACACACACAUGCGUCACGCCAUCUUCAGGCCCUCUUCUCCGCCCACACACACACCCUCCUGUCAGUCAUCCGUGUGUGUUUCCUUCUGACUGACGACAUCUCUCAGCCUGUAAAUCUGUUCCCUCACCUCCACCACCAUGAAUCAGCAGAGGGUGGAGACACCGCGCGUCCACAGUUGGACCUCUCUCCUCUCGUCUUCAUUUAUAGAUUUGAUUUAACCCGAUGAUCCUUUGGCGAAGCUUUUAAACUACGUUGGCUUGGAUCCUUGCGGGACUCACAGCAGCAUGUCGUGUUCUGUCCUGGCUUCAUCCCUGCUUAACGCUCUCCAAUAAUAAUGGCACCAAACUUUUUGAAUGCGUGCAAAGGUUUUCAUGUACAUAUGCUUCCUGCCCCUCUACACAGCUAACAGCCGGGUCAGGUGAUCACAUGAUGUUAGGCAAAUCAAAAAUGUAAUCUUUUAUUCUAACUUUUUUUUUUUAAUGUUUGUUUUGGAAACCUUUAAGGAAUGUUAAUUGAUGGUUGAUUCAAAGUCAGACAGAAUGUCUUGUGAGUGUGACACUACAGUCUUUAAGGUUCAGCUCUUAAAAAGAUGUUCUUCCCUUUAUUGUGUCUGUACGUGUUGAUUUUUAUUUUUAAUUCUUCUAAGUUUAAAUCUUAGCUGCUGUGUUGCAUGUGUAAAGACAGAAUGUUUACUACCCAAAAAUAUUGACCAUGGUGACCAUCCAGAGAAGGGCUCGCUUUCUGCUCAGUGGGAGUCUGACCUCACCUUAGCCAAUCGGUGUCCUGGUUCUCUCGCCCUCGCCCUCCUCCCUCUCUCUGCCUCCCACCCCGUCCCCCAGUGCGUCCACAGUGUUGAUAGGAAACAGUAGUGUGGCUCAUGUUCACCCUUUACUACGAUGCAUGUUCUGUUUCAGUCGUGUCGAGUGGCAUGAUAACUUGGAAUGAAU